GGCGGGCAGCUCCUCGGCCCGGCUCUUCCCCGCGGCCUCAGUGGUCCCGGCGGCGCGGGAGAGGGGCUCCGCCGCGGGUCGCCGCCGGCCAUGCCUCCGCCGCGGCCAGGGGCCCGGCAUGGCCUCGGGACAGCUUCGGACGCGGUCCCCUGCGGGUGUCCGUUGAGGAGCGGCGGUCGCGGGACGCGAGGGGCCGGGGCCCGGGCGCGCCGCUGAGCAGCUCCUCGGUGCGCGGGCGAUGUCCUCGCUGGUGAAGGAGGACCUGACGAAGAGGCUGUUCGGGCCCCGGCGGCAGAGGCUGCACGAGUUCAUCGAGGUGGAGGGCUCGGGCGCAGGGCGCUGCUACCUGUGCGCCGCAGUGACUAAAAGUGAGGAAGUAGAGAUCUGUAUGGUUAAACACUUGCAAGUGGAUCGAGAGGAGAAAUAUGAAAUAGUGGAGAAGUGGUUCCUGAAAGACCUGGAGAUGAUUGAUGGGAAGGAAGCAGACACUGAUAAUCCAUGCUUUGACAUGCACUUCCACCAAGUGUACAGCCUGGCAGCACACAGCUGUGCCUCCAAGUACACCUUUGCUCGAGCUCUAAGCAAGCUGAACGCCAGGUACCUGCAGAAGGACCUGAAGAUUGUCAACUUCGAUGACACCUACCUCAACGAUGACUCCAUCUGGUCCUCCAACAACAGGGACUGCUUAGUGCUCAUGAGGAUCUGCUUCUAUGCCUUCAGCCUUUUGUGUCUCUCCCUCUGGCCUUUGUCCUAAAGAUACACUUUCUGCCAUCGAAGGGGACUGGUUAACUUUCACUGCCCAGCAUUCAAUAAACCAUCUGGCCAAAAGA